GUAUGUGACAGUCUCAUUCCAGGGUAAGUCAAACAAGCUAGCUCUCUACUGCUGCUCUUUUUAUUUUUGCAUUAAUUUCUCAUUCACAUAAGCUCUGAUCCUGAGAAGAAUUUAAUCAUAGCAACUACUGUAGGGGUCCAAUCUGAGGGACGUGACCUGAUCAUGGGGGUGACCAUGCAAUGCUAAAGCAACAUCUGGACUCAGGGAAGCCACAGGCAAGAUGGAAAAAACAAAACAAGGAGAGAAUGAGAUUAUGCCAGUGAAUAGCCCAUCUACACAGAUUUACCAGUUGCAGGCAUUAGCCUCUGAACUCAAAACUGGUUUCACUGAAGCAAUGCAGGAACUUUCAAGAAUUCAGCAUGGAGAAUAUGCUUUGGAAGAGAAAGUUAAGAGCUGUCGGUGCACAAUGGAGGAAAGAGUAUCAGAGAUGAAGAAUUCAUUAAAUUAUUUCAAGGAGGAGCUUAGCAAUGCCAUGUCAAUGAUCCAAGCCAUUACCACCAAACAGGAAGAAAUGCAACAGAAAAUUGAACAACUUCAGCAAGAAAAGAGAAGAGAGUCUCGCAAAGUGAAAACCAAAAAAACACAAAAGGAAGAGCAUGCGUCUCCAGCUGGAUCUGCACCUACCCAAGUCCCAGAAUCCAGACCAGCUCAUGUAGCAGACAGUAAUGUGAAAGGAAUAAUGGGUCCUGGAGUGAAUGCAGCAACUCCUGAGACGGAAGAAAACCUCAAGUCUUGCUUAUCUGCUGAUGUUCAGACCAAGGGCCCCAUGACACCUGGACUGUGGAGACAGCCCAAGGAUAGUAAAGAAUGGAGUGAGGAAUAUGGUUCCAAAGAUCACUCAGAUAAACCAAAGGAAGCAGCCCAAGGCAGGCACAGCUCCUUAGAGAAUGUUUUAUGUGAAACUUCUUUAUCCGCCAAAAGACAAACUGUGGCUCUGGAGCUGCUUGAAUCUGAACGGAAGUAUGUCAUCAAUAUAUCUCUGGUCCUGAAGAUCAAAGCAACAUUCCAGGGAUCUGAUGGGAAGAGGAGUACCAAGGAGAGAAGUCUUUUUCCAGGUUCCCUGAGGUACCUUGUCCAGCAACAUUUGGAUUUACUUCAUGCACUGCAAGAAAGGGUCCUGAAAUGGCCACGACAAGGAGUCCUGGGGGAUUUGUUUCUUAAAUUGACAAAUGAUGAGAAUAAUUUCUUGGACUACUAUGUUGCUUACCUGAGGGACUUGCCUGAAUGCAUUUCUCUGGUCCAUGUCGUAGUCUUGAAAGAGGCUGAAGAAGAGAUUAAAUCUGACCUGUAUACACUGUUUUUUCACAUAGUCCAGAGGAUCCCAGAAUACCUUAUUCAUCUGCAGAAUGUUCUAAAGUUUACUGAGCAGGAACACCCUGAUUACUACCUUCUUUUGGUGUGUGUCCAGCGCCUCAGAGUUUUUAUCUCUCACUACACCCUGUUGUUCCAAUGUAAUGAAGAUCUGCUCAUUCAGAAACGGAAAAAACUCAAGAAGUCAUCCAUGGUGAAGCUGUAUAAAGGACUGGCCUCUCAAUCUGCGAAUACUGGGCAGGACACUUCCUCAGCCCCUGGCUCUGAGGCUGUGCGGGACAGCGGUGGGAUCCACUCUGAAGAGAUACUACAGCCUUAUCCUGCUGCCACCAGCCCUGGCUCAGCUGUCACACACUUGAUGCCCCAAGUGAAGAAAAGUCAACAACAAACCUUGAUGGAGAACAUUCAACCGGGAAAGCCCUGUGACUGGGAGAUGGAGGGUAGAAAACACGAGAGGCCAGAAAACCUCCUGGCCCCAACUCAGUUCUGUACCUCUGAGCAGGACCUGAAGUCUCUGGCAGCCCCGCUGCAGGCCAUCCCGGAGAUGGACUACGACGCCGCCCUUCCAGAUCCAGUGGCGAACCUUGAACGGUCAAUAAGAGCCCCGGCGGAGCUCCUGUCCGACUCCCGCACCUUUGUCCCUAGCUACGAGGAGUUUGAGUAUGGCGGAGAGAUCUUCACCCUGCCAGCUCCCUACGAAGAGGAGACGUUUCAGAGCCUGCCCCUUUUUGAAGCCUGCUCCCCGGCUUCUUCCGAGUCCAGCCUAGACAUUUGCUUCCUCAGGCCAGUCAGCUUCACCAUGGAACCCGAAAGGACUGAACACUCUGUGCAGCCACUGCCCAAGAGCUCCACAUCCCCCGUGAGCAGCAGCACGUACAAGCACGAGGCUGUCCAUGGCAAAACGAAGCCACUGAGUCGUUCUUUGAAGGAAUUUCCCAGGACGUCCACCUCAGAAGGCGUCACCACUAGACUCUACAGUACGAGGAGCAGCAGCGGCAGCCGCGUCCAGCUGAAACAAGAGAGGACUCCCCAGCCCCACAUCACAUCUGCCACAGCUAGGAGCUCCCCAAGAAACUUCUUCCCCCCCCAGAGAACACAAAGUGAAAAACAGACCUAUUUGGAAGAAAUACAUGUAGAAGAUAACACCAGAUUCUGUCCAAAGGAAGAAAGAGAAUGUGAACAAACAUCAUUCAGUGAUCAACACCCCAGCAGUAGAGACCAGAAAGGGGGCUUCCGUAGCUCUUUCCGCAAGCUCUUUAAAAAGAAGUGAGUAGCCCCUAGAUCAGACUGCAUUCUAUCUCCUUCCCCUCUGGGAUCAUUCUAGAGGUUUUAACAACCCAACAACAACAACAACAACAACAAUAAUGACAAUAAUAAUAAUCUAGCCUCAAGAAUCUGCUUCAAGCUUAGUGCCUGCUUCUUUAGAGCCAGGGACUGACUUCUAAGUUUUGUUUAUUUCUCAUUCUGGUCUUCUUCCAUGCCUAAAGAAACUGGAUCUACUCCUGUCACUAGCAGCUUUUUCCCUAUCCACUAUAUCCUGCAGAUCUCCCCUUUCCCCAGUCAAGUUGUGAAUAGUAGGGCAAGUAGUAGCCAUCCACUCAGAAUGAGCCAGUAGCCAUCUUUGAGAUAUCAAGGCAUCUUGGAUUGUUGUUAUUAGGUAUAAAAGGUAUCUGUAAUCGAACUUUCCCUUAAAAUGCCCUAUAUGGGGUUUCAGCUAGUUGGCUCAGUGGAUUGAGAGUCAGGCCUAGAGACAGAAGGUGCUGGGUUCAAAUUUGACCUCAGAUAUUUCCUGGCUAUGGGACCCUGGGCAAGUCACUUGACCCCCAUUGCCUAAUUGUUAUUGCUCUUUUACCUUCUAAAAAAUACACAGUAUUAAUUCUAAGACAGAAAGUAAAGCUUUAAAUUUUAAAAAGCCCUAUCUAGGCACCCAAGCUCUUUUACUUUUUAGAAUACCUGGGGAAGCUAUAAGCCAUAAUGGACUAAGUUGUCCCUUACUCCCAAGGAAUGAAUUUGGCUUUGGUUAGAAUUAUAGGUGUUCUUCCUCUAGUCUGCAGGCUGAGCCCUUGAGUCUAUGAAGGGCAGUAAAGGCAAAGGAGGGCUGGGUGUUUAGAAUUAGAGCUAGUUGCUCAGCAGUAGUCAAGUGAGGAUAGUGGAAAGUCCCUCUUCUACUCAGGCUUUUACCUGAGGUUCCAUAGAUUUUCAUUUCCACAUUCUUCUCUCACAGUGAAAAUUCUCCUUCCAUUUAAUCUCUCUGGAUAGACUGCAGAAUUGGAGUCAGUCUGAACCAUAAUGUCUUCACCUUUUGUGGGCUGAGGGAAAUUAAAUGGAUAUGUUUUCUGCUGAUUGAUGGAUGAGGAAUUUAGCAGGAUGUGUGGAGAGGCUGCCUUGCUGAGUCUCAAAGAAUUGAUGGUUGAUUCAGAUGUUCUUGAUGGGAGAAGUUGGGAACAGGAAAAAAUAUGCUUCUAUGGUGACAAAAAAAAUGGGGAAGAGAACUGAAAUUGGUGUAGGACUCGGAAUGUUGGUUCUUGCCAAGAUUACUGGCUGCCCAGAGCCCGUAGUUAAAAGGCGAGAAUAGAGAGAGGGAAAGAUAAGUGGAUUCUUUACUAUGCACAGCCUCUCAGUAGUUAAGUUCUAGAUUGGCUUCUAUUCUUCAGCUUGCCCAGCAUGCACAUCGGGGCUGCUGUACAGUCAUUUUCUUUUCUCAACUAUUGCAGUCUUCAAAUGAACUUUGCUUAAGGGCAGAGGAUUUGAGGAUUAUUCCCCUUUCCUAGAUCAUAGACUUAGGUCUCUCCUGGCUCAGUAACCACCUCCAGCAUGCUUAGCAAUGAAUCAAAGCAGCAGGCAACCCUUCAUUCCUGCCUUGGUGUCCAGGCUGCUUUGGGCUUUAGAACUCAUAAGGCCAGCAUUGAUCCUGCCCAUUUCCUCCCAUAGCUGAAUUGUUCCUUGAUGCUAGUAUUCAUGGUUUGUCCAUCUCAGCUUUCAAUUCCAGUAUAUUGACUUGCUAGAAGCAAUAAAACUACCAUUACCUUUCCCUGGUCCUCUCCCCAUCCCCCAGAGACCUUUUAGAAAUGUUCUGGAAAGUUCAUGCAGAAGAGGCUAGGGAUAUUUUCUGUGUUUUUGUAGAGGGAUACAAUUAGUACUGACAGGUGUAACUUAGAGGGAAGAUUUUAGCUAAGGAAGGGAUUAUUACAUAAUAGGACCAUCUCACAGUAGAACAGACUAUUGAAAUAAAUAGUUCUCUGUAAUUGGAAAUGUUCAAACACUGGCUGGAUGACCAUCCACCCAAGGGCACACUGGGAUUGAGGCUGUGCUAGAUGACUUCCUAAUUAUCUUCCAACUCUAAGAUUCUAGGCUUCAUCUAGAGUUUGGCUUGAGACACCAUGUAUUUGUAUAAGACAAAAUGACAAGUCAACUUGUUUGCCUUUUAGGAUUUGAAAGGUUCUUGUAGCUCUUGCCCUGGAAUCCUAUGGCCCUUUGGGAUAUCUCCUUGUUUAAUAUUUGAAGCAACAUUUGAAGGAAAGUGAUGGCAGAGUCAGCCAGCACUUAUAUGGUGCUUCAAAGUUUGCAAAAGUGUGUUACAUUUAUUAUUUCAUUUCAUCCUUACAAGAACCUUAUUGGGUAGAUGCUGUUAUCCUCACUAUACAGAUGAGGAAAACAAGAGUGACAGAGAUUAAGUUUCUUGCCCAGGGAUGCACAACUAGUAAGAGUCUGAGACAAUAUCUAAACUCAGGAUUUUCUUUCUCCAAGAUUGUCAUUCUAACUACUCUGCCACCUAACUGUCUCACAAAAGCAUGAAAACUGAUCCCGUAGGCUUCCCAAAGGAACCUUACCAGACUUUUCCAUCCUAUCCCAAAGAUAAUAUUUAUGAACUAUUAGAGAACAUUCAUGUAUUUAUGGUGCCUGUUAGUACUGGGAGGAUUUAAUAAAAUAUUUAUAAUAGUUUUAAAUAGCUGCUUUAUCAUCUGAGUACAGAAGGAAAGAGUAGGGAAUCUUAAACAUGGCUAUGAAGUUAUCAAUUAUAUUUAACUCAGGUGAUCCCACAAUCCCCACUACCACUAUCCAAAGUACCCUUGUGUGCAUGAGACUAUGUCAAAAACUGUGAGUAUAGAUAUUGUAGUAAGACAGAUAUUGGUUCUAGCCAUUUAGGUAGGAGUAAUUCUUUAAAGUCAUAAAAACCUGCACAGAUGUGUGGUGGACCAGGUGGGAGGUAUUUAGGCCAUUUUCCUCCACCUGAGUCAAUCUUAGGACUUCCUCGAACCUUCAGAGGUCAUAUUGUGAAAGAGAAUUCUUUAUUCCCUUUGUCUAUUUUGAGUUAACACUUUGUUAGCCAUCAAGUAAGAGAAUUCACAAGUCACUUACUUGAUGGCUAGGGGCUAAAUUGCCUAGCAUUGCUGGGGGUAGGGGUGAGCAAUGUCUGUGGGAUCCACUUCUCACCUCUUAAGGUGUUCACUCUUAUCAUAGGCUUCUGAAGGAUUCACAAGUUUCUGACAUUCAUCACCCACUUUAACAAAUGACUUGUUGAGUUCUGAAGUUAUCACUCAUUUCAGCAAGUGACUUGCAAAUUCCCUUACUUGAUGGCUAACAAAGUGUUAACUCAAAAUAGACAAAGAGAAUAAAGAAUUCUCUUUCACAAUCAAGACCAUCUUUCUGCCUCUAGGCAGACUAUAAUUAAGGUAUAAUAUAUUGGAGGGCCCUUUAAAUCCAUCUAAUACUUGAUCUCAGAGAACCCUUGGAAUUUGAGACAAAGAUGUUCCUACCUCUACUAAAAAGCAUCCAAUUACCUUGUGUUGGAUGUUUUCAGUCAUUACAUUGAAUGAAAAAGUACUGUGGGAGAGGAUCUGCAGAAAAAGACACAAGGUUAGGGAAGGCCUCUUUCUCUCUCUCUCUCUCUCUCUCUCUCUCUCUCUCUCUCUCUCUCUCUCUCUCUCUCUCUCUCUUUCUCUCUCUCCAUCUCCCUCUCUCUCCCUCCCUCUCUCUCUCUCUUUCUCUCUCUCUCUCCCCCUCUCUACCCCCCUCUCUCCCCCCCUCUCCCCUCUCUCCCCCUCUCUCUCCCUCUUCCCUCCCUCCAUCUUUCUCUAUCUGUCUGUCUAUCUAUCAUCUAUCUAUCUAUCUAUCUAUCUAUCUAUCUAUCUAUCUAUCUCUUCCUUUAUCCAAAAGUCUCAUCAGUGAGUAUAAGGAGAUUUUCAAGUGAACUUUAGAUGCUCAUUGAUUAUUAUGAUAUAGGGAUUUGGAUUGGAUUAGAUGACCUCUUAUGCUCCAUCUAAUUUAGAAAUCCUGUAAAUCUCUGAUUCCUUAGUCGUAUCUAUGGUAACUCCAAUUUGGGACUUCUUUCAAUCUUUACUUACUUCAAGUCUCUUCUGUGCUUCCUAAGGAAUAUCUCCUCUUUACUAAUUGAGCUAAAGUAGUCAUCAGAGGGCCUCACAUUUUUUUUUGAACCAUAGUUUCUAUGUUCUAUCAUGGUUUUAUAUUUCUAUGUAUAACAUAUAGAACUUUGUAUAUAACAUGAUAGAAAGGUGAUCAUUAGUAGAUCCUAUUUUAUUUAGUUUGUGGCUAUUUUAACUCAAAUAAAUGGUUUACCCAGCAUGAACAGUUAAAUAGUUAAAUAAAUAAGUUAAACAACUUGUAACUGAUGGUGUAACAACUAGGGACUCCAUAGCUCCAUUGUUCAAUUCUCCACGCCCUGCUGAUCACCUCAUUUUGUCUCUAUAAGAGCUUUCAUUCAGCUAAGAUUCCCAGGUCUUUUUUUUUUUUUUCAGACCAACUGCUAUUCUAAACUAUACUCUCUAUACUCUAUACUAAUAAUUGGUUCUAUUCAAAAUUCAACUCUUCAUGACUGCUUUGGAUCUUCUCUUUGCUCUUAGUUCUGUACUCCCAACUUAGCCCAAAUCUUCCUUUGCAGACUUAAAAGAGACUGUCAAAGCAGAAUUUUUAAAUGAGUGAUAGAAUGGCCACCUUUCAUUCAGACUGCUUCAGUCACUGAGGGAGUCUUGGACAGUCUCUAUGGAAUCUUCAUAAGGACUCAGAUGUAUCUGUCUUGACUAAGUUUGUAGAAUAACAGCUAAUCAGGAAUCCAGGGAUGUCCUCUACUUUCCCACUCUGUUUGGAUGAAAUUUUUCCCAAGGAAUUGUGUGAAGGUAGUAGGGGAUGGAAUAUAAAGGUAGCGGCACUGGAUAUUAAUUUUUGAGCUGUCUUUUCCCAGUUUCUACUUCCUUUAGCUCUGCCAUUUUAGUAAAGACUUUUGUGAGGACAAAAGAAAGAUUGGACAGGUGUGGCAGGAUAGCAGUUGGUCUGAAAAAAAAAAAGACCUGGGAAUCUUAGCUGAAUGCAAGCUCAGUAUGUGAUGAAGCAGCUACAAAGCAAAUGCAGUCUUAAGCAUCAUUAGGAGAAGCAUAGUGUUCAGAACUAAAGAAGUGAUAGUCCUUCUGUACUCUGGUCUAGUUAAGUGACAUAUAGAUUAUUGUGUUUCGUUCUUUGUAUCACAACACCUAGAGCAAGAACAAUGAUAAGCUGGAGAGUAGUCAGAGGAGGCUGUUCAGAUGUGAAGGGCCUCAAGAUUAUAACAUAUGAGAAUCAGUUGAAAGAAAUGGAGAUAUGAGGCUUUGGGGGGAAGAGAAGUUCUAAGGAGAGCAUGAUAGUCUUCAUUAUUCUUGUGUGAACAGUCAUUUAACUUUCUGUACUUCAGUUUCCUCAUCUGCAAAAUUAGGGAUUGAACUAGAUGACCUCUGAAAUCCUUUCCAGUUCUAAUUCUAUAAUCCUAUUGACUUUUUUGGAAAGAGGGAGUCUUUGAGCAAAGGUAGGAUGACCAUUUUUUAUGUGUUUUGAUAUGGGUUGGAGGGGAAAGUCAUUUUUAGUUCUGAAAUUUGGUAUUUAUUCCUGUAAAAAAAUAUUACAUACUUUCAGAUAUGGUAAUAAUGAUAGCCAAUUGCUAACCUACAUUUGUCAGCUUUAUUUUUUUCCCAUUCUAAGACUGAAGAGGUUGAGUCAAAAUUGUCUUAAAUCCAACUGUAUGUAGCCCAAAGAAAUCUUGCACUAACUACCAGAAAGGUUGUCAUAAUGGCAACUCCCAUUUACAGAUGACUUCAAGAUUUACAUAGUGCUUUCCUCACAACAACCCUGUAAAAGAAGCAUUAGUGUUUCCCUUUUACAGCUGAUGGACCUUUUCAGGGAUUCAGAUGACUUGGUCAAGGACAUUUAGGGAGGAAGGAAAGGAGGGACCAUAAUCCAGGUCUCCAGACUCCAAUUUUAGUGCUUUUUUCCAUUCUAUAACAUUGGCUCCUAGGAAGACCAUUGAAUUUAGGCAGGCAGAAUCAUGAAGGAAGUAGGCAGAUUAGAGACUGUAGCUAUGGUAAUAAAAUGAAUAUCCUAAAGCUAGAUGCUUAUCUUUUCAAAUAGCUUCGAAUCUUAGGUGUAAGUAAAUGUCCUCAGCUGUCCUUUAGGUGCCAUUGUGGAAGAACACUGCCCAUAUCUUAGAAUAUCUUAGACUGUUAGUAUCCUAGGGUUGGAAGAAUUGUAGAGGCCACCUAGCCCAGCACGCUUCAUUUUGCCAGUGGGAAGGCCAGGAUCCAACAAGCUUACCAGACAUCUUCAAAGUCAUGUAGCUACUUAGUGGCAGAGAUGAAUAAGCCCAGGACCCAGAUCUUCUGUCUCUGCCUUUGCAUUAUAUUGUGUUGCUUUCUCAUAUUAUGUGGUAAAAACCAAUUUGCCACACAAUGGAGAAUAGUUUGGUCAUUUCCAAUGAGAUAAAAGUCUUCACUCAAGUAGAAGAAAAUCCAGGAUGAAUUUUAAAAGGUUUGUAAAGAUAUGAAAAAUUUAGUAUAUGCCAUGCAAAUCUGGGAAAGAGGUUCCUGAAUUAGUUUCUAGGACUCUUUAAGGGCAAGGACUCUAUAUCAUCAGCCCCUUGGCACAGUUCACAGCAGAUCGUAGGACUGAGUAUGUGUUUAUUUAUUGACUGAUUGAUCUGUAGGUCCUUUUCAAUCGGUCAUCUAUCUGUUCAAUGAAUACUUGUGUGUCUAGUACUGUGCUAGGUUCUAGGGAUUCAGUAUUUUUCUAGGAGGGAUUUACAGUUUAGGGAACUGAUUUCUCAAUUUAUGAGGAAAGAAAAGCUACCAAUGAUCUGGUUUUUUGUUGUUGUUUUUUUUCCCUCCUCUCAAGAUUUUGGAGUGCUAGCGUCCAUUAACAGUCACCCUUUGAAUUUCCCUCCCUCUCUUGCUUCCUGCUAGUCUGGCCCUAAACGUGCAAUGGCUGGUUCAUAGCUGCCCUCUGUUGCAUGUACAUGUGCCUGUAUGGGUUCAGACUUGACUUUUCGAGGUCUUUGAUUAUGCAAUGCUUGGCUUAAGCUUCCUGCGCUUUUUACUUUAGAGAGUAGAAAAGGCAAGUAGCUGGCCUCCUUGAACACAACACAUAGAUCAUCUCUCACUUUGUCUCUAUCUGUAGGUACUAAGCAGACCAACUUAGCCUUUUGAUGUUUAUUUACAUGUGGUCAGCUAGGACACAGAGGAGUACCAGGAGGCCAGGCAGGACUGACUUCUGGAAAGGGACAUGAGCAUAGUGAAGUGGCUUGGGGCAUAGAUUCUAGGCAAAAGCUGGGAGUAGAAAAGCAAUAGUCAGCUAGUUUUUGCUUAACAUUUAUAAUCAAGAUGGAAAGAGGUGCUCUGAAUACUGGGGACACGAGAGGAAGAGGUUUGGCUUAGGAAGAGGGUCAUUAAAAAACUAAAGAUGAGCUCAUAGAUGCUGAAAAGCAGACAGGGCGAUUUUGGCAUUUGUUUCAGAAAUGGGAACGAAGCUGGUGAAGAUUUCUGUGGUCCCUGGGGCUGGUGGUGACAUCCAAACUUUCCUAUUUUCAGGUAAACAUGAACAGUUGCAUGUUGGAUGGUUCAAAGUGUAAAAUGCUGGGUUUCAGGGAGAUCUAGAAGUGGCCAAGAUGGGAAUAACUAAAAGCAAGAUGAUAGAUUUUGGCUGACGAAUAUUUGAAGAGGUGUCUGAGGUGGGGGGACAACUGAUGGGAGCCAAGAAUCAGACUAAAAUCCUUGAGGAACACGGGGAGGCUUAAAAUUGUGGGUUGAAUUGUCGGCUUCCCUAGUUUCUUGGUAAAUACAAUAAGAGGAAAAGGAAUGAAAUGGUCCAAAAGAUGUGGUUGUGGACAUUUUGUGCAUAGCUGCUAUCACUAGGGGUGAAUUUAGACAGGAGAGGGCUGGGACUAAUGAGAGGGACAACACUGGGAUUGGGGUGCAAUAGUUGGGAGUAUUUUAGGGAAUGCUAAAAUUGGAAAAAGGAGUAGGAUUUGUAAACCAGAGGAACUAAGUGCCUAAUAUGCCCUUUCCGUAUGCUGGGGAACAACAGAUGGGCACCAAAGACAUGAGUGCGGAGCUGCAGAACAGCCUUUUUUCUCUAAGCUGGGAUUAAGUGGAUCAGCUAAAUAUGGGGAUGGUGGGCCUUACCAGUGAAAGGGGAAAAGCAUGGAGCCUAAGGCUUUGUCUACACAAUAUUAAAUAUCUGUAUGAGAAGUAGAACAGUCCAAUCAGCCAUCUGGAAGUUUCCAAGAAUCAGGAAUCAUUGUAUACAAUGUAUACAAAACAAGAAUCAUUGUAUAGGUCAAAUCUGUUGCCUUGAACAAUAUAAAGAAAUAGUCAAAUUACACAAUAAAAGUUAGUAUUAAAAAAGAAAAAUAACAGAAAGAAAUUAAAACCCUAAAUUCUUUAGCAACACUGGUUAAGGACCUUAAGAACUUGAGUGAAAACAACAAAUACAAGGGGUCAUUUGCUGUUCCUUUUGGAUUGUGGGACCGUACCUGGUUCAGCCUCUGCAUAUGGAGAACCUGUUCAGUGGUUUGGAAGCUUUGGGACAAGGAGCCUCAAGUUUUACAUUGAAUUCCCUUGAGUGUACAUUGAGCUAGAUCCUUUGAUAUUGAUUAGUAGUCAUUGGGCUGGAUUGACAAUUUCUAACCCCAAAUUUAAGCUUGCCAAAUGAUCCCAGUCUUGCUUAUCAGAGGCCAUUUCUAGAGCCCCUCCCCAACCAGGGACUUCUGACAGGAUCAUCUUGUAGACAAUGCAGAGCUCGAGUCCAUGCCACAGCUGGUUUAACCAAGAAAAUGGAAGAAUGUGCCCUCGCCUGGGGACUUGAUUGGAUUUAUUUGAAUUGUUGACUUGGUCUCCUUGGUGCUGGUUGAGAUUAUGGUAUCUCCUCAAUCUGAUUAUUGUACUCACAUUUCUUCACUUUUCAUGUAUAGCAUAUAUGCAUGGCCUUCCUCAAUAAAUCUGUCUUUAUUAAAACAAA